AUGCCAAGCUAUGGCACUAUACCAACUUCUACACUGCCUCAAGAACAUGCACUCUUCUCCUCAUCAACCGAGCAGUUUGUGACGCAGGCAAAAGAGCGGAUCAGAUCAGGCCUUGGCAGUCGUCGUGCAUGGCAUCAGGUCCUGAUCCCUCCCACCAUGCCUGACAGCUUCAACGAGGUCCUCAGCCGGAUCUCAACAAACUUCUCCUACUUCUACAUCAACUAUGCCAUUAUCGCGGUUUUGGUCCUGUUUCUCAGCCUUUUGUGGCACCCGGGCACCCUCAUUGUACUGGUUUUCAUGGUAUCUGUGUGGUUGUUUCUCUAUAUUUUACGUGAACGUCCUAUGGUUGUUUAUGGCCAGGAAAUUGAUGAUCUUGUGGUUUUAAUUGGUCUGUGUGGUGUCACUAUUCUUAUGUUGAUUUUAACGCAUGCUACAUAUAAUCUGGCUGUUGGGGUGGGGAUUGGACUGCUGCUAGUUCUGAUUCAUUCUAUUUUGAGAGGAACAGAUGAUUUGUAUGUUUAUGAAGAGCCUGCUGGCUCUUCUUCUUCAUCUUCUGCUGCUGCUGGUAGCGCGACAGUAUUGAGGCAAACCGUUUAA